AACAGUACCAUCCUUUCGGAUUUUGCAACGCCAGCUUUGCGUCGGGAGCCAACACGUUCCCAUGAUUUCAUGAGGGACUUCAAACCUCUGCGGCCCUCCGAGCCUGCCCUCCUUUCUGUGAACUGGGGGAUUUUUUUUUUGGUAGAUAAAAGUCCACUGUCAGACUGUCAAAAUGGCUGUGUGUCUGUACGUGUUUGUUUUUAUGUGUGAGUAAGCUCCCCGCCAUGUGUUUACUCAUGUUGGUGGUGGGCGGACUUUGAUGAGCUCCGCCUCAUCAACCUAACUUGAAUGGUUGGGGGACGGGGACGGGGGUGCAGACAGUGUAUGGGGCAGGGGAGAGGAAAGAAGGGGGCGGGGAAGGACUCGGUCAUUUCCCGGGGUCUCAUUGGCUGGAGGUCCCCGGCUUCUACGCGGAUUCCGAUGUCGAUUGGAGCAUCUAGCUGCCCAUCAAGCUGUCUCCGCCUCCUCCCUUUGUCACGCAGAGCCAUCAGGUUAGGCGGCUCGGCCCAGAGUACAAUACAGCGCUUGUCUGUACAGAGGAAAGUAGGACAAAUGGUACGAUAGGGUCAUGAAGGUCUAUGAGCAUUAUUAUUGUUUUGUCAACGUGUUCUUGUUUUCUGUGUAAUUUGUUUUCUGCUCUUGUUGGAAAUCGGUUUUUUGUUGGAGUUUUUUUUAUAUCAGAAGGGACAUUAUUUUUUUUCUUGCUGCCCCAAGUGACGAAGUAACUUUUUUUCCCCCACAAAGUUUUUCUUUACUCCUCGCGAGUUGCGUUUAAAGCCGAGAGGGAAAGGUGGGGGGGGGGAGGUGGGGGGUGUGAAUAGACGGACAGACAGAGAGGGAGGAAAACAAACUUCAAAACUCCAGUCAUGGCCGAGGCACCGCCGCUUCAACAGGUCGUAGAGAUCGACCCCGAUUUCGAGCCGCAAUCCCGGCCCCGUUCCUGCACCUGGCCCUUACCCCGGCCGGAUUUCAGCUGCGCUUCGUCCCCGGCUUCGGUGAAGCAAGAAGGGCAGAGCGAGUUCAACCUGACCCCGGAAGGGGCCGGCCGGGUGAGCGCUUCGGUGUCGCCGGCUCUGGUGCUGGAGGAGCAGGACGAGGACUUUGAGCAGAAGCCCGCUGUUCUCGGACUCGAGUGCUGCGGUGACUUCCAGUGCCAACAGCAGCAGCAACAGCAACAGGAUGGCUGUCACCAUCAACAUCAGCACCAACAGCAGCAAGUCCCCUCGGCCGGAGCCGCUUCGGCAGCCCAGAGAAAGAGUAGCUCUUCUCGGAGAAAUGCUUGGGGGAACCUGUCAUACGCCGAUCUCAUCACCAAAGCCAUCGAGAGCUCCCCGGAGAAGAGGCUGACCCUGUCCCAAAUCUACGACUGGAUGGUCAGGAGCGUCCCUUACUUCAAGGAUAAAGGAGACAGCAACAGCUCUGCUGGAUGGAAGAAUUCAAUCCGUCACAAUUUGUCACUGCACAGCAAGUUUGUAAGAGUUCAGAAUGAAGGAACCGGCAAGAGUUCUUGGUGGAUGCUGAAUCCAGAAGGGGGGAAGAGUGGAAAAUCUCCAAGAAGAAGAGCAGUGUCCAUGGAUAACAACAGCAAGUUUGCUAAAAGCAGAGGGAGAGCAGCUAAGAAAAAGGCAGCACUUCAGUCUGGCCAUGAUGGCAGUGCUGAUAGUCCUGGAACGCAGUUCUCAAAAUGGCCUGGAAGUCCUAGCUCUCACAGUAAUGAUGAUUUUGAUGCCUGGACCACUUUCAGAAAGAGAACUGGCUCAAAUGCCAGCACAUUAAGUGGAAGGCUUUCACCUAUAAUGCCAGAACAGGAAGAUAUUGUGGAUGGUGAGGUUCAUCAAAUGUCUCCCCUAGUCUAUACUGCUACCUCCAGUAAAAUGGCAUCACCGCUACCAAGUCUAAGUGAGAUGACUAGUUCCAUGAACAAUUCAAUGACUGAAAAUGUAAUGGAGGAUCUUUUGGACAACCUAAAUCUUUUGUCCCCAAAUUCAGCAAUGGCAGCAUCUACCCAGCCUUCAUCAGUGUCACUAAUGCAACAAAGCUCAGGCUAUUCCUUUCCAUCUCAGAACACACCCAUUGGUUCACAGACUCCAGAUUACAGAAAAUGCUAUGUUCAAAGCAGUAUGAACUCCCUACAGCAAAUUCCUUUGCCGAAUUUUCAAGAUAAAAAACAGAGUUUUGGGGCAAUUACUCAAUACAACUGCCCAACAGGACUUCUUAAGGAGUUACUUACUUCUGACUCACCACCUCAUAGUGACAUGCUACCACAAGUAGAUACUGUGGUAUCACAGGCUAGUAGUCGGCUGGCCAGUCAAAAUAUGAUGAUCUCCACAACAUAUGCUAAUCAGGCAGUUCACACCAAGAUGAUGAACCCCAGUGUGCAGCACCACUCAGCACAUAGUCAGCAUUCAGUUUCAAUGAAUGGUCGUGCCUUACCUCAUACAGUGAGCAUCAUGACUCAUCCUUCAAAUAUCCGACAUUUGUCCACACCAAAAAGUCAGCUACAAGUGCCUAUGCAUUUCCAACUAAAUGCAAUGGAUCCCUGCUCUAUUAACAGUAAUGGUGGUUACGGAAGAAUGAAUCUUGCUUCUAUGAGUCAGGAGAUGCUGCCUAGUGAUUUGAAUGAUAUGUUCAUUGAAAGGCUUGACUGUGAUGUUGAGUCCAUUAUUCGUAAUGAUCUUAUGGAUGGCGAUACUCUAGAUUUUAACUUUGACUGCUAUUCCAACAGUGCAAAGGCAUCCAAACAUAGCUGGGUAUCUGGCUAAAUUGUACACAGAUUUCUCUGAAGGCACCCAGACUGGAUUGACAUCAGGAAUUGGGAAAAGCAGUCCAAAGAUGUCCUUCACCCUUACUGAAUUCUCUUGAUAAAUGCUCCCUUUUCCCUUUCAUCAUACUUGGCAGCAUGGAGCAUUUUCCUGUACAGGAUGUUUGCCCAAUGUUUGCAGGUUUUGUGCUGCUCUAGAUAAGGCCUCUGGAAUUUGGAACUGUUUGGUUACAAAGUGCCAAACACACUACAGAAUGUCAUUUCAAACAUAUGUGUAUCGUGUGUUUAAUUAGCAAUUUUCUUUUUAAUUAUGAGCAUUACAUAGGCCUGUUCUGGUUGUUGACUAUGACUGUAACAAACUUUGCUCCUGAGUCCAAUAAUGUAUUGUGAAAAUUUAAAUGCAAAUAAUGCACUUGCUAGCUUAUUUGAAAACACCACCGUUAAAUGAUGGUAAAGGUCCUUCACCCUUCAAAAGAAGAGUUGACCUGCAGUUAAUGUUGGACUCAGCUUCAAUACUUGCCAGUUUGUGGUAGCAAAUUAUUGUAUUAAUGUUACUGCAGUUAAGCCUUAGGAUAGACUACUUACAUAUCUAAUAUGUUGGUACUGCUGACAUUCUCUUUUAAUACCAACUGGGCUUGUAAUGCCAGUAGCUUAAUUUUCUGAGCAUAUGCCUGGGAUGUCGAUUUCAGUGAAUCACUAUAGAUGAUAGGCCCAUUUUAAAAUAUUCCCAACAAUAAAGCAUGAUCUAGCGUGCAACAAUUAUACACUCAGCUUUUUCCUUACACAAUUAAUGGGAAUAUUAAAAUACAUUAACUCUUAAAAGAUAUAAUACCAUUCAUUUUGUCAAUUUUAAGUAUGACUUUGGAAUGCAAAGAAGAUAUUUUAAUUAAACUCACCCAGUGGGAAGCUAAAUCGCAUUUAGGGUGACUUUAUACCCUCAAUGAACUCGAUGGAAUGUAAUAUCAGGCAGGGUAUAAAAUGAGUGACUGAUUCAAAUUCUGAUGGUUUCUAAUUGUGUAUGUUAGGCUGAAGUGACCUUUUCAAGAAUUUGAUAUUCAAAUACAGUAAUUAUUCUCUUCUAAUGUAAGUAUGCUUUAAUGUAAAAUGUUUAUUUUUGUGUUUUUGCAGUGAGUUUUUAUAUUUCAAAUAUGUUGCCAUUUAGUUUGUAGAUAGUUGUGCUGUCUUGUUAGUUUGGCAUUCACUGUGUCCACAUAAACUUUGAAAACAACAGAUUGUCACAUAGGUCUACCUGUCACAGCCCUUCUAUAUAAAUUACAGGACUCUUUCAGAGGAGUCUAAUGCUCUAUCCUUGGUGCUUGUGACUUUGCAAAGCUGAAAACUGGUUGUGAUUUGAUUUUUAACAUUCAAUUUUAAAAGAGCAGAAAGAAAGUUACAUGCUCUUUUGUACCUGAAGACUGACUUUUAAUUUAUUUAAAUUAAUUUUUAUCUCUUAGCAUUUGUAGCACUCACUGUAGUUUCAAAUCUCUAAGUUGAUCAGCAUGCCUGGAAGAAUGUUUUAAUUAUAGGGUAGCCCAUUGAGGAGAAGAUUUGCCAUUUCUUUGACAUCCUCUCCCAAAAUGUAAGAUGAAGGCAAAACUCUGACAGUGUGAGGAUUCCACUUGAUCACCUUUAUAAUAAAGGAAAUGCCUUCUGUCAUGUUCUUUUAAAAAGUUAGUUAUUUGACACUGAUAUACUAGAUCGCCACAUAAUUCUUCAGUUUUCAUUUUAAGUGCAAACCUUAGUGUUACAAUAACACAAUCAGUCUUGAUGUCGAGAAUUAUCAUGUCAUUGAGGAAGUUAACCUUGAUGACCUGUGCAACCAAAUUUUCAACUAAGUGCAGAUGUUUUACUGACUAUAGGAAAAAAUCCUGAUAAGGUGUUUCUGUCUGUGUCUCCCGCACCUGAUCUAUUCCAAUUUAUUUCUAAGUCGAUCAAUUGAAACACUUUUCUUUCAAAACUCUGAUUUUGCCCCAGUGCAGUGAAUUGAUUGCUGGCUGAAGAAAAUCUAGACUCUUCUUGGAAAUUUUUUUUAAAAUGAUGGUUUGAUGCCCUACUUUGUCCCAAGAUUUAUGAAAUAUAAAAGUUCAGUAGCAGUGUGAGAUUUUCUUGAGAUGUAACCAGCUUUGAGCCUCUUCUUACUAUACAGCUUUGUUCUUUUAGAAGUAUGUAAAUCAUCCUGAUAGAAUGUUCCAGUCAGCUUCUUCACAGAUAUUUUGUAACGCAAGCUUUGAAGAUAGAUAAUGGCACUAUUUUUAGAUGCUAAAUGUUCCUCUAUAGAAGACCAUUUAACCAAAGAAAAGGGCUUCUCAUGUGCUCAGUUCACCAUUAAAUGUUUGCAUGGCAUCUGGGAAAUAGCCACGCUUGGUGAUUCUUGUAUGAACAUUCCCCAAUUACAUCAGACAGCGCAUCAUACUGUUUGGAAACUGGCAACUUAACCCGUUUAGCAUCAUCACUGCACAGUUACACCAUAAGACCCGUAAAAUGCCUGCUGCAAUUGUAUGAGAGAAAUGGCACCUAUAUACUAUGUUUUUGAUUGUAACGAUCACACACAGGCAUGUGUAUGAAAUUUUCUCUGAAGCUAUGCCUGUAAGAAAUUCUGUCCAAAUUGGAAUGCUCGUUUUAUGGGCUCCUCAUUCAGUUGUGAGGACAGAGCUAAUUUUUUCUUUGACACUAAUCUUGUGGCCAUUUAGUAUCCAGGGUAUCAGCUUUGUUCAGGUAGCUCUCUCACCUGUAAAACAAACUGUAGUAAGUUCAACCUAAACAAUAAGCAUGCAUACGUACUUUAUGCUGUUAUUUCAAUUAGCAGUGAGAAAUGUUGCAUUACCGAAGGUGCCAUAUUUUAAGUGACAAAUUGAAGUCCCAUCUGCAAGCUCAGGUGGCUGUUACUAAUCCCAAAGGAUUACGCAAAGAAAAACAAGUUCUCCUGGCCAACAUUCCUCUUUUACCUAUCACCUCCAAAACAAGUUUAAUCAUUUGGUAGUAUAGAACAUGAGUAUUGCUGAAAAUAGACAUAUAUUGUCAAAGCUUUCAGCUUACACUCAUCAGGACAAUUUGCAAGAAAUCACCAUGUAAAGGGAAAACAAUAUUUCAUACUGUACGAGAAGAGAAUGUAAAAUAGCUGGCAAUUUGAUCUUGUAGAGGCACCUUUCCCAAUCAAAGUCUAUUUGUGAACCAAUCAACAUUCUGUUCUCAAACCAUAGGAAAUGUUAUUUCUUGUGAAUUGUUGUGAUGAGUGCAAGAUGAAAGGCUUUGGCAAAAUGUAUUUUGUCAGCAAUAAAACGAGGUUAUAUGGCUGUCCAUUCAGUUGCUGUUUGUGAGACAUUGUUAUCUAGAAAUUGGAUGCUGUGUUUAUCUACAUAAACUACAUUUUAAGUGUAAUCUAUUAAGAUUUAGCUGUGUGCUGUAUGCAACCAUGUUCAUUUGUUCUUUCCUUUUUCUUUUUCUACCUUCUCGUACAUGCACUCUCUUUUCUGUUUACACACCAGUGUCAUCUACAGUACUUGUGCAUAAGUGUAUCACACUGGGAAGCCCAUUAUAUUCCCUCCUUCCUCAAAGAAUUUGAGUUUUCAAUCUCAAUUGAGCUGCUGCAGAGAUGCCUUGAGCGGAGAUAGUUCGAUUGCUGAUGGAGAGGGAGAGUUGUUGUACACAUUGGUACACCCCUUAGUGCUUGGUUUUCAUAGUGCAGGAGACCCAUUAAUGGUCAGACUUCUGAUGCACAGUCCUGACAUCACUCAAUGAUAGAAAAAGCUUUCAAGAUGGAAUACAUUCUAUUAGAAUAUCAAAACAUGAGAGCUGCACAUGCUUUGGCAAUGCAGAUAACUGAAAGAUGCAAAUACUUUGUUCUACUCAUUAAAUUUGUUACAGCGCACAAUUGAUGGCUAGAUCAGAUGACAUUCAGUGUUAUAGUAGAGUUUUCUUUGGUCAUAAACUGACAUGUUUAUAAAUAAAUAGUUUAGGAAUGAAAAAUCAUGAGAUCUACGUUGCAUUCACAUUGUUAAUGUGAUUUUUUUUGCAUUAUGUUUAAAGAAAGCGAAUAGUGCAGGUUGAGAGUUUUUUUUUCCCAUGGUGAGUUUACAGAAUCACAGAAAAAAAGGGGCAUCAUGCACCUUCACAUUUUUUAUAUUAACUGGAUUAAAGUAAAGUUUUGUAUGUACAGAGUUAGAUUUUUACAUCCUAGGGGGUGCUAUUAAGUGAUGGUGUUUGCAGUUUUUGUAAAUAUACAAUGGAACUCAAAGCGUAAGAGUUUUCUAAACAUAAUCAGUUUUGCCUGAUGUGGAAUUUUGCGCAGGGACUAAUGUAAAGUUGUAAGUUUCUUUUUGUUACUUUUUUGAUCAAUUAUUUAACAAUCAGAUUUCUUAUACAAGUUUUCAUUCUGCUUAAUGUUAUGCUCUAAGUUUAAAGUACCACAAAGUGUUACGCUAGAUGCUCAGACAGUUUCACAACUGUAUUUCAUUGGUCAUCUUGACAUAGAAGCUCUGAAAGCUUUGAGUAGAACUACCUUAAUUGUAAAUGAUUGCUCUGUGAAAUGUGCAAAUCUUACCUAUGCAUACAAAGUCUUAACUUUGAAUUUUUUCUAGAUUUGUACUGUUAAAAGUAUAUUAUAAAAUAGAGUUAUUCAGAUAUUUUAAAUUUAACAAAAAGAUGUAUUGUUUCAGAUAUAGCUAUAUGUAACCAUACAUGGUAUAUAAAGUUUAUGUAGAAGUUAGUGAUGAAAAUCAUACUGCUUUUGAUAAACCAGUGCUAUUUUCUUCAGUACAGCUAAUGGAUGUGAUUUACUGCUUGAUGUUAAAUGACUGAUAGGAGUCAGCAGAGCAUCCCUAUGAAGAGGGAAGAAAGCAUCUUGGACCAAUUGCUUUUCCACGUAGAAAAUUAAUUGCACUUGAGCUUUUUUAAAAAAAAGUUUCAAUAAACAUUACAUUUUGAAUCAUUAAUGAAAAUUAAGUACUUACAUUUAUUAACUUAUCAAGUUAAAUGUGACUAAUCUAUUACAUUCUGUUUAUAAAUAAAAGUUGCAACAGGAGUAGUUUUUAAAUGAAAAUUACCAAUUUGCACAAAACCUACCCUUCUUUUGACGGAUGUUCCGCAGACCAACAGCAGCCUGAAACUGGCAUGUAAAUAAUGUUUUCUCCAGUAAAACAGACUGUAGCAGUACUUGAAAGUUCCACCACUUUAUAUUCUUUCAAUAAUGUAGGCUGUAACUAAGUAUAGUGUUUCAUAGACAAGUGCCUGAUAAUGUACAUUUAAAAAAAACACAAGAACAAUCUUUGCUGUAUUGUAUGGAGCCAUAAUAAAUGUAUAUAAAUUCUGAUACAGAAUCUGAA